AGAGCAUAUUUUAUUCUGAACUUAUACGCCAGAAGAGUACGAAGUGCCAUGCCGGACCCUCGUCUCCGUUAUCAUCGAGGGCUUGGACGAUGCCUACUUGACGUCCAGUGCUCUGCAGUUUAAACUCCUUAGCCUGAUAAUGGUAUUACCUUUAACAUAGAUCAUAAUCAUGCCACCAUAAUAUCUGCGCACUCUCCUGUACAAUGAGUUUGGGUCAGCUACUUUAAACAACAGUAAACUGUCCAUUACAUUUUUCUCUUCGAUGAGAAUUUUGAGGUACCUAUGUAUGCUUCGCAGUUUCUUUGUCAGCUUUACCGACUCUUCAUGGAGAUAUCGACUGUACGUACAUGUAUGCCUUUAAAGUGGUAUGUAACCUUAGCCUAUUUAGAACUUGAUGUUCUGCUUGAACCUAAAUGCUUAACAUAGAUAUUAUAGGUAAAGUUCCUGUCCCUUAGGUACAUGAAAUACCUUAUUACUUGUUAAUUGUUUAAAGUCAUUAUGUUGAUUAAUAAAAACCUUUCAUAAAGAAUGAAUUACAAAUUACAUUGAUGUCCUAUUGAUGUGGUUGAUCAUUCAUCCGCGCAUAUAACUAACACCCUCUAUCAAUCAGCAAAUGCCAAGAAUAUACUUGAGUGUAAGUAGAUAUGCUCAAGUUAGGAGGAGUGACUCCUCGAUGCGGGCGCCGUCGCCGGUAGUUGUUUGCGAACGCAGAAUAAUAAUGAACUUACAGCACGCGCACACAGCCCUUUUACGAGUAUUACGUUAUUUGCACACUUGGUCGGCGAGAAUAACAUACGACAAGUUGACGACUUGCUGUGCAGGCUAGUUAGAUAAACUUAUAUUAAGAAAUUGUGCGUCGCAGUAAGGGCAAGAAAUAGGUACCUCACACCGUUAGCAAUUUCGCGCGCCCUAGUGUGGUGCACAUGUUCGGACAGCGGUGAAUCACUACUGAAAAAAAAAACUGAGGGACGGCGGAGAACGCGGGUGACGCAGCGGCCCCGAGGCGCGAGUCAUUGAUCCCGAUACAGUCCCGGACAGCCGACGCCAUGUCGGAGCGCGCGCACUCGGCCGAGCCGCUCCUCCCGCCGCUCGCGCUCGCCGCGUACGUCGCGUGCGUCGCCGGCGCUGCCGCUCUCGCCAACUGCUCGGUGCUCGCUGCGCUCUUCAAAACCUCGCGGACUGGUUUGCUUACCAUCAUUCUACAAUUGGCUAUAGCUGACUUUAUACUCGGAGCAUCAAUAGGACCUGAGCUAUGGUCUUACAAUAGCAGAUCAUGGGACUUCGGUUACCAUGGCUGUGUUGCCUAUCGAGGACUGAACGUGUUUGCAUCGACGGCAGCAUCCUAUCUAGUAGCAACUAUUGCUCUACAUUCGCUGGCCACCAUAAACAUUGAAGAAAAGGCAAUUGCAAAACGAAUGAAACGAAACGCACAGGAUGAAGAUGAAGAAAUAAGGUGUUCACGCCAUAGUUUGGUGACAAGCAGUGACUCUUCAACUCCACCAAGAACUAUGAACCUAGAUUACAGACUCUCUGAUCGUAGAAUCUCAGUAACUCAACCAUCAGUAUUUGUUUGGGUACUGGCUAUUUCAUUAAGCGUUCCAGAAUUUGUAUUGGCCACUACAGUGCACCUAGAAAGGGAUGCUGUGCUAUGCACCAUAGUCGACACCAGUCAACGUCUGCAUAUGUACUCGAUGUUAGCUAUGUUUAAUAUUUUUUUACCCCUAAUCAUUAUGGGUACUGCUGCUGUUCUAGUCAUCAUUAAAUUAAAGAAUGAAAAAAUAAUGUCUCGAAUUGAAUACUUUGAAUCUAUUGCAGCUCUUAAGUUAUCUUUGUGGCUUAUUGUCGUUUACAUGGUAUUGUGUAGUCCUCGGUCGAUUGUCACUGCUUUCAAUAUAUACACGAAAUCAUUGCAAGGUAACGAGACAUCCUUGGCUCAUACUGCAGACAUGACAUCUGUAAACGUAGCAGCCAGCAGUACGUACAUACUCGCCACAUUAGUCCGUCCAUUGCUCAGCAUAGUGCUACUGCCGCGUGUCAGGAAGUCGUUUUCUUUCGGAUCCUAUACGAGUGCAGAUAAUGUGUGAUUAUGAAAACGUUUCUCAAGUUGCAAACUCUACUGAGGUGAUAUAUUAUUCACGGUGUAGUGUACGCAGCAUUUAAACAAGGUUGAAUUUGAAAGUUUGUGAAAUGUAGUGGUAUUAAAGGAAACCAAGGAUUAACAUAACAAACGCUAUGUUGCAUAUGCUUAGUGCGAGUAAAAAGGACUUAGUUGUAUAAGUGCCAUUGAGUAAAAAAACUACUUAGAUCUAAGAACGAACCUUUAUAAACCUACCUACUUUACCAAAGUUCACCCUUAGUGCCUGACCUUACGCCUACAUAUCAAAUGUUACCCUAUAAGAUCCACAGGAUACCUAUGUCUAAAUCAGGAACACUGUUUUUGUAAAAUACUUUUUAUUUUGUAAUAAUCAAUGCUAUUAUUAAAUUCUGCUUGAUAAGGCUUGAUUACAGAAAGGAGAAUAUUUCGAUUUUAAAAUAUACUUAUAAUGUAGGCUACUUGUAUUUUUUUUAAAUCUGUCUAUUUUAUACCGAUUUUCAAUAAAAAUCAUAAAAAUAAA